CAGGCCUAUCAUCAGAACCAACCCCAGUUAGCGAUUACUUUUUUUAGUUCACUUUCACAGUUUUCCCUUUUUAGUAAAAAACACCUGGGAGAAGCAGAAAAUGAUAUUAGCCCAAAAAUCUAUGGCUGCUUUCACCUCUUUCUCUUUUCUUCGUAAUUAUGCAGCGACUGGAAGGAUUGUUGCAAUUGUGAGAGCCUCACCACGACUCUCUUCUUCUCCCACCUCCAUCAAUUUUCUAACACCAAAUCACUCACGCAGAUAUCUAUGUCGUGCUAGUGCUACACAUGAUGAAGAGGCUGCGGCAAAGGCAGCUGCAAUCAAUGCUGAUAAUGGAGCUCCAACCAUAUUUGACAAGAUCAUAGCUAAGGAAAUUCCUUCAACCAUCGUGUAUGAAGAUGAUAAAGUCUUAGCAUUCAAAGACAUCAGUCCGCAGGCUCCUGUUCAUGUUUUGGUGAUUCCAAAGUUUAGGGAUGGGUUGACACAGCUUGGAAAGGCUGAACAAAGGCAUGGAGAGAUACUGGGUCAACUUCUUUAUGCUGCUAGAAUUGUUGCUGAAAAGGAAGGCAUUCUUGAUGGGUUUCGGGUUGUUAUCAAUAAUGGUCCUAGUGCCUGUCAAUCGGUUUAUCAUCUUCACUUGCAUGUCCUAGGUGGGAGACAGAUGAAAUGGCCACCUGGUUAAAGAGUUGAAUUACUUAACGUAUGCUUUUAUCAAAAAAAAAAAAAAAAGAGAAUUACUUAACCUAUGCUUGGAACUUUAUGCCUUACAUUUCAUUUGUUCUAUCUCUACCCUCUUAUAUUCUCAUUUCUAGAGUUUGAAAUGGCCUAAUGUACUUUGAACCUAAAACCUUGGAGAGAUGAUGAGAAAAUUGGGUUUGGUGGUGAA